AAGCGUGUGAAUUCUCUGUUUAUUUUACCCAAAUUUCAAAUCUAGAUAAUCAUUUUGAGUGAUCGUGAACGGUUAUUCUAACAUGAAAAGUUUAAAAGUUCUGUUUACCUUGAUAUUUUUCGUUUGUUUACUCGAUAGGGUAAAGCUUUUAGAUAAUGGAUUGGCAAGAACACCUCCAAUGGGGUGGAUGUCGUGGGGUUAUUAUAUGUGUGGCGACAACUGUUUGGAUAAUCCACAAAAAUGUCUAGAUGAAGAAUUAAUACUAUCAGUAGCGGAUUCAUUCUACAAUGAUGGUUAUCAAGAAGCGGGUUAUGAGUAUAUUGUGAUAGAUGAUUGCUGGUCUGAACGUGAACGUAGCAGUGAUGGCAGACUGGUGCCGGACAAGAAGAGAUUUCCAAACGGAAUGAAAUACAUUUCCGAUUAUAUUCAUUCUAAAGGUCUUAAAUUUGGUAUGUACACAAACGUAGCAAAUAUAACAUGCAUGCAUUUUCCCGGCUCGAGAAAACAUUUUGGUAUCGAUGCUAUGACAUUUGCGGAGUGGGGCAUUGAUUAUAUCAAAGUUGAUGGGUGCUUUGUGGAGGAAAGCUUUUUAAAUACUGCGUAUAUAAAGCUCGGACAUUAUCUAAACAAGACUGAACGGCCCAUAGUGUACUCAUGCAGUUGGCCCUAUUAUAUUCAAUAUAUUCAUCAUAAAAUUCCAGAUUAUUCAAAGAUAGCAUCUCAUUGUAACCUCUGGCGGAAUUAUCACGACGUAUCCACAUCUUGGGCAUCGGUGAGGAUAAUUAUAGAUCACUACAAGAACGCAUACUCUACUUUAUCUAAGUACCAUGGACCUGGAGGAUGGAAUGACCCUGAUAUGUUAAUUAUUGGUACAGAUGUACUAACAGAGGGUCAGAGUAGAGUACAGUUGUCAGUUUACGCGAUGUUAUCAGCCCCGCUACUGCUCAGCUGUGAUAUGACCAAGAUAAGUGACUACGAGAAGUCAUUGUUGCAGAACAUGGAUCUUAUAGCUAUUGGACAAGAUCCAUUGGGUAUUAUGGCACAGCCAUACGAGCUUUCAUAUUUUAUAACGUUAUGGGUAAAGCGACAUCUUCCCAUGAAAGGCGACAAAUAUCACUCUUUCUCUUUCGCACUCGUCAACCUAUACAAAAGCAAUUUCACUGUCUCUUUUACUCCUAGCAGUUAUGGUUUGGAAUCUGAAGAUGGUUACAGUGUGAUGGAUGUAUUUACUGGAAAGUAUUUAAGAAAUAUAACUUUAGACGACAUCAUAACAGUAACGGUACCUUUUGAAGAUGUUAUUUUAUAUACUCUCUACGCAUUGUAAAAAAUAGUGAAGAUUUUAGUUUACUCACAGUUGAUUCUCA